AUGGCGGAGGUGAUUUACGAUGAGCUGGGCAGCAGCUUGGAGCUGAGUGAGAUGGACCGAGGAGAGCGAGUGGAGAUGAUAGUGGAUAUUUAUGAAAGUGUAGACGCUGUUAGAGUUCAGGAGACCAGCAUUAUGACGCAGACCACCCACAACAAGAAGGGGACGACAACACAGCAGACAGAUAAAAGAAGAAGCAGACGCUCCAGACUGGCUGCAGGGUGUUUUGGACUACUGUGUGUUCUCCUGCUGAUCACCAACAUACUGCUUUACAUGUACUACGUUAACAUCAAAGAGGAGAAGGACAGAACCGUACUAUUUCUGACUGAGAACUUUACUGCAGAGAGAGAGACCCUCUUAUCCAGCAUCACAAACCUGACUGAAGAAAAAGAUCAGCUAAAGAACAGCAACAAGAACCUGACUGAAGAAAGAGAUCAGCUGAAGAUCAGCUACCAGAACCUGACUGAGGAAAAUCACAUCUUACACACAAAAUAUGAUCUGUUGAAGCAGAUCGAAUGGAAGAAGUUUGGGAGCAGCUUUUACUUCUUCUCUACUGAGCAGAAGACGUGGACUUAUGCCAGGAAGGACUGCAGAGAGAGAGGAGCAGAUCUGGUGAUCAUAAACAGUGAAGAGGAACAGGUGAGGAGAACAGAUAAGAGUGAGAAAGAGUGAUAGAAGGAGUGAGACAUGUGCUAGUACUCUCUGUUUUCCUUUUAUAGAAG